AUGGGACAUAUUGAAAUAAUGAAAGUAUUGCUGGAUCACAGCGGUCAAAUGGAUGCCGACAUUUCUGAACUGAACGAUGAGGUUUCGAAUGCUGUAAUGUUCUGUGCUGAUUUGACUGAUAAUAUACCAACUAUUUUUUCGUUUCUAGGAAAUACUCCUUUGAUUCUGGCGAGCUUUCGUUGCCACGUGGAAAUGGUAGAAUAUCUAGUAAGCAGAACAGACCUGAUAUCUGUUAAAGAGAAAGCCGAUGCAUUUGAGUUACUUGGAGCUUCGCUUUUUGACGAUAUGGAAGAUAUUGUCAGUGUUAUUCAGUACUGGAAAUCAGCUAUGAGCCACAGGUACGUAGAUGGUGUCCUGACUUAUCCAAAAUCCGAACUGAAUUUGGAAGGUCCUGCACACGAGGAGUUCAGAGAAGUCACCACCUUAGAGCAACUAGAGGCCCUAAACACUGACUUCGAGUCAGUCCAACGUCAGUCUCUCCUCGUGAAGGAGAGGGUUUUAGGACCCGAUCAUUUUACUACAAUGCAAAUGACGGUGCCUUUUCAAACUAAUGCAUCAACCUGUGGGUUCACGCUAUCGAAGUGCAAUAUUUCCGACUAA